AUGGUGUCUACACUGCUCUUAGGAGCUUUAGUGCUUCUGCCGGGCAUUUCUGUUUCAGCAAAUGCCUGUGUCGAAAGGCCUCACGGAUAUUGCAAGCAGUUGGAUAUUCCACUGCCUAUCACCGCGGAUACUGCCGUUUUUGACAUACCAAGAGUCGACAACGAUAUCGAAGCGGUAGCCUGGGCAAUUUACGAUGCCACUCGGACUACUAUCCACGGCCCCGGUAACAUCAUCAAGAACACCACGACUUCUGAGAUCUUCAACAUCCAUGCUCAGCUUUGUGUUCCCAAGUCUACCAAGAACGGAAAGCACAAUAUCUUGCAGAUCGCCACCCAUGGAGUGCACUACGACUCUAGAUACUGGGAUUCCGAGUACAAGCCGGAGAACCACUCCUACGUGGAAGCAACACUUAAAGCAGGAUAUUCCAUCCUCACAUAUGAUCGUCUGGGAGUCGGUCAAUCUGACAAGCCGGAUGCAUACGACGUGGUCCAAGCCCCUGUUGAGCUCGAAAUCCUCCGCCAGUUGACCCUGAUGGCACGCAACGGUACCCUGUAUGAGUUUGCGGGUCAUGCGAAACCCUCCAUUCCCUCUUUCAAAUCAUUGGCAGCCCCGCAUAAGGUCGUCCACAUCGGACACAGUUUCGGAUCCUUCCUUACCUCGGCCUUCAUUGCCAGAUACGGCCCCCUUACUGAUGGAGCCAUCAUCACGGGCUACCUGUUCGGCGAGAAUCUUGCGAGCGCCGGCUCAACAUCGUUCAGCGUCGAAUAUGCCGCCACGGGAUCGCCUCCCUUCAACCGAUCAAGCGGCUACGUUGUGGCCCAGAGAGAUGGCAUCCAAAACAUCUUCUUUGGUGGCAAUCCCAAAACCGCCUUCACCCCAGAGUUGCUCGACUAUGGCAUCAGCAUCAAGCAGCCCGUCCCGAUCGGAGAGUUCGCCUCUGCCUUCUCCCUGCUUGGAAACCCCGGACCAUCCUUCAGGGCCCCUGUACAAUUCCUCUUGCCCGAGUUGGACUUUUACAUCUGCCGAGGCGACUGCCGGGGUUUGGCCAAUAUGACAGAGCUGAACGCGACUUACCCCCACGCUACCAAGAUUGAGGUGGCCCUUCAACCCAACACUGGCCAUGCGCUGCCACUCCACAACAAUGCUACCGCAGGGUUCCAGCUCAUUUUCGACUUCUUUUCUAGACAUGGCUUGUAA